CUUCAUGACAUCACAAAGGGCAGUAGCCCCUCCCCCAGGUGGGUGACACUCCCACAGCUAGCUGUUUGUUCUGCCCUCUGAGUCUGCCUUCUCACCGUAAACAAUAGGACAUGGAGCGAGAAAGACCGAGUACACCCAAGCCCUUCCAGAGAGGGGGCGUGGUCAGACGCAGCUCAUUUACAUAUUUAAAGGUACAGACACAGAAACAGCCUGUUCUGAGCAGGACUGAAAUAGAGGGGUUUAUAGACAUGAUCAAAUACAGGAUCAGAGUGGAUUUAGAACAAGACACUUCACACACAUGUUGAAGAGGAGCUCUGACACUUAUUUACACUGAAGAAGAAGAGAAGGAGAUGAGACCUUUAACUGCAGAGAUCUAUUGAGGGAUUAGAGACAGCUGGCCAAUCAGAAUCAAGUAUUUAACACAGCUCUUAUUUAAACUGGUUGAAGAGGAGAAUAUGUAUUCAUGCGCUUCUCGGAUGGUCCCACAUACCCGUUUUUCUUUCUUCUGACCUCUCUCUCUCUCUUUUCCUGCAGGGCUGUCCUCAGAUCCUCCCCACCUCUGACAUCCUGGUCCCGGCCGGAAUGGUUCGUCCAAUCACGCUGCGGGCUCGUAACCUCCCCCAGCCUCAGUCGGGUCAGAAGAACUACGAGUGUGUGUUCAACAUCCAGGGCAAAGUCCAACGCAUCCCCGCCGUCCGCUUCAACUCCUCCUGCAUCCAGUGUCAGAACACCUCGUACUGGUAUGAAGGAGACGAGGCCGGCGACCUCCCCGUGGAUUUCUCCAUCGUCUGGGAUGGAGAUUUCUUCAUCGACAAGCCUUUAACUAUGAAAGCGUUGCUCUAUAAGUGUGAGGCUCAGCGCUCCAGCUGCGGUCAGUGUCUCAAAGCUCCCGCGGCGUUCGAGUGCGGAUGGUGCGCAGAGACCAGGAAGUGUCUCCUGCGGCAACACUGCCCGACGCCCGAGCAGAACUGGAUGCAUCACGGCCGACACAACCUGCGCUGCAGCCACCCGCGCAUCACCAGGAUCGACCCUCUGACGGGGCCUCGGGAAGGGGGGACGCGGGUGACGAUCGAGGGCGAGAACCUGGGGCUACAGGUGAAGGAGAUCGCUCACGUGCAGGUGGCCGGCGUCCGCUGCAACCCGGUGCCCUCGCAGUACAUCAGCGCCGAGAGGAUCGUGUGUGACAUGGCCGAGGCUCUCCUCCCUCACUCUCCAGGCGGUCCGGUUGAGCUCUGCAUCGGCGUCUGCAGCGCCGAGUAUCGAACCCUCUCCACGCAGACGUACUCCUUCGUGAGCCCAAGUUUCAGCCGAGUCCGUCCAGAGAGGGGACCUGUUUCUGGGGGAACUCGACUGACGGUGACGGGUCGACACCUGGACGCCGGCAGCACCGUCAUAGUCUACAUCGACAAGGAGGAGUGUCUGUUUGUCAAACGGACCAACCGGGAAAUAAUCUGCAUUACCCCCGCCUCCCUGUCGGGCUCUGGCCCCGCCCCCAUCCGCCUGAUGAUUGACAGGGCGGAGGUGACGAGCUCAGAGACCAAAUACGUCUACACGGAGGACCCGACCAUCAGCAGCAUCGAGCCAAACUGGACCAUCCUCAACGGCAGCACGGUGAUAACAGUAACAGGGACGAACCUGUUGACCAUCCAGGAGCCCAAAGUGAGAGCGAAGUACGGAGGAGUCGAGACAAACAACUUCUGCACCGUGAUGAACGACAGCACCAUGACCUGUUUGGCUCCCGGUUUGAUCUACACUAAACCCAACCCACCAGAGGGGGCGCUGCGACCCGACGAGUUCGGCUUCAUCUUCGACCAGGUCUCCGCUCUGCUCGUCCUGAAUUCCACCCCCUUCAUCCACUACCCCAACCCAACCUUUGACCCCCUGGGCAACUCUGGGAUCCUGGAGGUCAAACCGGGGUCACCCAUCAUCCUCAAGGGUAAGAACCUGAUCCCUCCGGCUCCGGGGAGCAAUCGUCUCAACUACACCGUCCUGAUCGGGGAGACUCCGUGUCUGCUCACCGUGUCAGAGAACCAGCUGCUCUGUGAUUCACCUGAUCUGACCGGAGAACAGAGAGUCCUGAUCCUGGUCGGCGGUCUGGAGUACUCCCCGGGAACGCUCCACAUUUACUCGGACAGCGCCCUCACGCUGCCCGCCAUCAUCGGCAUCGGAGCGGGCGGAGGCGUGCUGCUCAUCGCCAUCAUCGCCGUGCUGAUCGCCUACAAGAGGAAGACCCGAGACGCCGACCGCACGCUCAAACGCCUCCAGCUGCAGAUGGACAACCUCGAGAGCCGCGUGGCGCUGGAGUGCAAAGAGGCGUUUGCAGAGCUGCAGACCGACAUCCAGGAGCUGACCAACGACAUGGACGGAGUGAAGAUCCCCUUCCUGGAGUACAGGAACUACACCAUGAGGGUCAUGUUCCCCGGGAUAGAGGAACACCCGGUCCUCAAGGAGCUCGACUCUCCAGCUAACGUGGAGAAAGCUCUGCGUCUCUUCAGUCAGUUACUGAACAACAAGAUGUUCCUGUUGACCUUCAUCCACACGCUCGAGGGUCAAAGGUCGUUCUCCAUGAGGGACCGCGGGAACGUGGCCUCGCUGCUCAUGGCCGCCCUGCAGGGUCGUAUGGAGUACGCCACGGUCGUGUUGAAGCAGCUGCUCGCCGACUUGAUCGAGAAGAACCUGGAGAACAAAAACCAUCCCAAGCUGCUGCUCAGGAGGACGGAGUCUGUGGCCGAGAAGAUGCUGACCAACUGGUUCACCUUCCUGCUGCAUCGCUUCCUCAAGGAGUGUGCGGGCGAGCCUCUCUUCAUGCUGUACUGUGCCAUAAAGCAGCAGAUGGAGAAAGGGCCGAUCGACGCCAUCACAGGAGAGGCUCGCUACUCUCUGAGUGAAGACAAACUGAUCAGACAACAGAUCGACUACAAACAGCUGACUCUGAUGUGUAUCCCUCCGGAGGGCGAGGCGGGGACGGAGGUUCCCGUGAAGGUGUUGAACUGCGACACGGUGACUCAGGUCAAAGACAAACUGCUGGACGCCGUUUACAAAGGGAUCCCGUUCUCUCAGAGACCUCAGGCCGACGACAUGGACCUCGAGUGGCGUCAGGGCCGACUGACCAGGAUCAUCCUGCAGGACGAAGACGUGACCACAAAGAUCGAGAGCGACUGGAAGAGACUCAACACACUCGCACACUACCAGGUAACAGACGGCUCUCUGGUGGCGCUCGUCCAGAAACAGGUUUCUGCCUACAACAUCGCCAACUCGUUCACCUUCACCAGAUCGCUGAGCAGAUACGAGUCUUUACUCCGGACGUCCAGCAGUCCUGACAGUUUGAGAUCCAGAGCGCCGAUGAUCACACCUGACCAGGAGACAGGGACUAAACUGUGGCACCUGGUGAAGAAUCACGAGCACAGCGAUCAGAGGGAAGGAGACCGAGGCAGCAAGAUGGUUUCUGAGAUCUACCUGACCAGACUGCUGGCUACCAAGGGGACGCUGCAGAAGUUUGUGGACGACCUGUUUGAGACGGUGUUCAGCACCGCCCACAGGGGUUCUGCGCUCCCAUUGGCUAUCAAAUACAUGUUCGACUUCCUGGAUGAGCAGGCGGACAAAAGACAGAUCACCGACCCGGACGUCCGACACACCUGGAAAAGCAACUGCCUUCCUCUCAGGUUCUGGGUGAACGUCAUUAAGAAUCCUCAGUUCGUGUUUGACAUCCAUAAGAGCAGCAUCACUGACGCCUGCCUGUCGGUCGUCGCUCAGACCUUCAUGGACUCGUGCUCGACGUCAGAACACCGACUGGGCAAAGACUCUCCAUCCAACAAGCUGCUCUACGCUAAAGACAUCCCCAACUACAAGAGCUGGGUGGAGAGGUACUACAGGGAUAUUUCAAAGAUGCCCAGCAUCAGCGAUCAGGACAUGGACGCCUACCUGGUGGAGCAGUCACGUCUCCACGGCACCGAGUUCAACACACUGAGCGCGCUCAGUGAGCUCUACUUCUACAUCAACAAGUACAAGGAAGAGAUCCUGACGGCGUUGGACCGGGACGGGUACUGUCGCAAACACAAACUGAGGCACAAACUGGAGCAAGCCAUCAACCUAAUGUCUGGGAGCAGCUGAGAGGAAGGGGACGGACGAAUGGACUGACGGGCUGAUGGAUGUCCGGGGGGGGAAGGGAAGAAGAAGAAGAAUGGGGGAGGGGGGAGUGAGGGCAUUUUGUUUUUCUGAACUGUUUCUACAGUCAGCUGAACUGCUCAGUGUCGGACCGAACUGACAGCCACAGCUUCGGCCCCUUUAGCAAUCAAUCCAUCAGCAACUUCCCUGUCAGUUGAUUGAUUGAUUGAUUGGAAGACUGAUUCACUGGCUGGCUGGGACCCCAACUACCUCCAAUUGGUGGGUUUUAGGGGCGGAAAAUCACUUUCCAAACCAAUUUGGAUACAUUUACAACUGGAUUUCAACACGGAAUGGCAUCACUUUGGAGCAAAAAAACAAACCUUCUCGAUGCGUUUGUCGGUUUGGAUUUGAAGUCACUGCAGGUUUAAGUAAGCGAUCAAAGCGACACGGCUGUGCAAAGACCUGGAAACUAGCCUGAGUCAGGUCUCACCAAACAACCGAUGAGGACUUAUCGACCUUAUUUCAGGAUUUGCAGCCUGGACCGCAUCUUUCUUGACGCUAGGGUCGAUGAGCAAAAAGGUCGAGUCAUGUUUCCUUCAGUGCAACGGACUUCACUUUGAGGGACUUGAUCCGGCCUUGCAGGAUCAAGAAACCAUCAGGAUGUUCAGACAGUCUUAGUAAAAACUGAAACAGGUUUAAUCUGUAAGAGAGUCUGGAAGAAUCAGGGCUAAAUAUCUCAUACUGUCGAGUCCAGGCUGAAUGAAGUAAGAGGCCUCUUCACUGAUGUCGUUAUUCUAUUUAUCCUCACUUUGAAUCCUCAAUGGAAGAAUCCAGGAUUCACCACGAGACGUUCAGGUGAAGCCGUUAGGACGGAGGCAAAGUCAAGUCGUCAUCGGGACUAUCUGACCGAUCCUACAACGCUUUGAGUUGCAGCGGUUCAGGAGGUUGUUUUUAAGCUUUAACGCAGGAGAAAGAAGAAUGAAGUGACUUGAUGAAGGAAUGAGGAAUCAGGACUCUGAGCCGCGACCACUUGACCUUGGACUGUUUGGCCGAGCCUCGACAGGAUCUAGAAGUUUCUAAGUUGCUGUAUGAAAUAACCACUCAAUGUUUUCUCUGGACAAUCACUCUGUACCACAGCACACUGAGCCCGAUGCCUACUGACCGACCAGUUCCUGUGUCCAUAAACCCGUCCUGUCCUCCCUCUAAGUCCUUUCCUUAACUCCUCCCAAUUUUACCUUCUAUUUCGUUUCCUAUGUGGUCUCCUUCCCUAACUUUCCCCUUCUUUCCAUACCUACUUAUUUCCUCUUCCCUCAAUUUUUUAUUCCUUCUCCCCUCUCACCCUACUUCGUCAUUGGUCAGUCCUGCUGGCCUCUGGUCAUCCUAUUGGCCAGGAAGACUCUUUAGUAAUGUACUGCCCGACCAAUCAAGACUGUGGAAUUUUGUCAGAUUCGCCAAAUUAAUCCAGAUUACGUUUUGAAUACAUUCCAGCACAGGCACACAGGCAAGGUCUGUAAAGAAGCAGGUUUACUAACUUAUUUUUCUGAUGUAAAGAACUUCAUGAAAAGUGGACUAUAACGGCGUUUUUCACAACCAAAACGACCCCGGGACCCACGGGGGAUCUGGACUCAGCAGCAGUCAUGAAAACGUGGUUUUUGGUUUGGCGUGGAUCUCUUUAACGUCAGACCUUGCACAUACACCCACAUACAGCCAUGCUUUACAGCGCCAUGCCGUACCGCGCCCAGGGGGAAAUACUGUGCAGAGCUACAAGCACCGUGCCAUGUAAAGACCGGACCGGAUCGCGUCAGAGCUGGACCGGACUCGGACCAAAACCCGGAUCAAAAAACGACCUUGAAUGGGAGUUUUAACCCGGAACCAGAACUGAAGAACUUUUUAAGACUUGUGGCCAUAAUUGUAAACAAAAAAAAGAAAGAUGAUAAUAAUAUUAAUAAUAAUAAUGAUGAUAAAGUUAUAAAAGGAAAAAAAAGAUACAAAAAGAAAGGAAAAAAGAAAUAUUGAAAUGUUAACAUGUAAUAAGAACUCUGUGGAUCGACAGUUUGGAGCUGAACUUGUAUAAAACUGAACAUUAUGCUACAUCAGAGUCAGGAGAGAGAGAGUGCCACGAGACGGGGCGAUCGACUGCACCCACACCAAACCAACCCUCGCACCAUAGGACCAGACCGGACUGAACCGGAUCAACCCUGAGCGGACAAGUCGUUCUGAUUGGACCCCAGCAUGCCGACGCUGGAAAUCAAACAAAGACUUUUGGUGCUUUGUUUUUUUUUGUCUGCACAGGAAGUGUCGUGUGUCCGAUGGCGGUUUGGGGGGGCUGAAUUGUUGCAUGUGUAGCGUCUCAUUUUGAUGAUGUCAUCAGGGUUCCUGCACAUCCUGAAGACCAAACGGUGCUUUUCACACUGAUGACUCGACCUCAAAUGUACAGAUCAGCUGUUCACGCUAAAGGUUUAAAAACCCCUCGUGUGCAGCAGAGACGGCGUGCAGAGACGGUGUGCAGAGACGGCGUGCACAGAGGGCGGGAUGGUGCAUGCCUGAAACGAUGUGACCCAGUGUGAAAACGCUCUCGUUCUCUGGAUGGUCGAUGUUCACAUUUCAGAUUGAGGGCUUUCUAACAUGCCAGAGCUGCACUCUUCUUCCCCCUCAGGCGCCUCGUCUCAUUUGUCCCGUGGUGGAACGUUUUCACACGACCGUCGACUCCUUCAGACGUCCAUUUAUGGUCGAAAACAUGCGGAGAAAACGUUGAUGUAAAAAUGUUUUUUAACAUUUUAAAAACAGACUUGUUCUCGCUUAGCGGGGCAGUUUGAGUCCUCAGAGGUUUGCAGAGAGCGUUAAAGCUCCUGUGAGCAACGUUCAGUUUGAGGCGUUUUUGGCGCCUCCUGUGGACAAAGACGUCAUAAAUAAUGAACCUUCUCUCUGACGGUUUUGUUUGAUUUUGUAGAUUUAAAAACGAGGCAUCGAUAUCAAUCUGAGUCGGUCUAACCAGCCAAACGUUCCUCACAGGAGCUUUAACUCGUAUUUAAAGGCAAUAACCGAGCACUAGCUCUCUCCUUUUUUCGAUAUCGACUUCACAGUUUGCUAAUCUGUAUGCAUGGUUUUUGCUCGAGCAUCCAUAUUUCUGCAUCAGUUUCUUUUCUUUAUGUUCGUCUCUCUCUCCACAACGAGACCUCUGGGACGCUGUGGAGAAGUGCAGAAAGUAAAAUCAUGUUUCUGAAAACACCAUCAGGUCUCUGAAUCUCUGGAGGACGGUCACUGCGUCGUGUGAAAAUGUUCCAUCACAGCUGAAGCGUCUCUCUCCCUCUGUCUCUCUCUCUCUCUCUCUGUCUCUCUCUCUCUCUCUCUCUGUCUCUCUCUCUCUCUCUCUGUCUCUCUCUCUCUCUCUCUGUCUCUCUCUCUCUCUCCCUCUGUCUCUCUCUCUCUCUCUCUGUCUCUCUCUCUCUGUCUCUGUCUCUCUCUCUGUCUCUGUCUCUCUCUCUGUCUCUGUCUCUCUCUCUCUCUCUCUCUCUCUCUCUCUCUGUCUCUGUCUCUCUCUCUCUCUCUCUCUCUCUGUCUCUGUCUCUCUCUCUCUGUCUCUCUCUCUCUCUCUGUCUCUGUCUCUCU